CGCAGCAAGCCCGCGGGGUCUCCAAGCACAAACCCAGCGCGGACUCUUCAAUCUCCCGCGCGCGCGCCUGCGCGCGCUCCCUCCAUGGCCCCCUACCCUGCAGCAAGGGUAGCGUGACGUAAUGCAACCUCAGCAUGUCAGCAGCGAUAUAAAGGAGAACAAGGCGACGCGCCUCCCAGUCGCAGAGUAGCUUGUGAUUGGCUCCGGCUGCGGAACCUCGGAAACCUUAAUGUGAGGACCUUACGGAUCCACAGCUGCCGCCCCCCGCAGCAAUCUACAUCACGGUCCUAGUCCGACUGGCGGCUGCGGCGGCGGCAGCGUUGGCGGUGGCGGCAGCCGCAGGUAAAAAGAACAUUUUCCCAAAGAAAAUAACAUAGUUCAGAAGGAAAAAUAAAGAGAAAUUGCUGCAGAUUUUACUUUACAAUGUGAUAAGAAAAUCUACAGUUUCUUCAAGGCAAUCAUAUAAAGGAAGCAGUCAUGUUUCAUGAGUCCUCAAAACUGUGAGACAAGAGAAUGUAGUAGAGUGAGGCCAGAAGUCCUUACUGGUUCAAAGAACUCCAGGGAAACUGGGAUAAAACAUUUACAUUAUAAGUAGAACCCCAGGAGCCAGAGGUGAAUACAAUCUGCAGAGCUCCGCUCCAGGGCUGAUCUGGGUCUGGAAGAAAUGGAUGAGAGCUACUGGAUGAAAUUCACUAAUACUAGACAUCUGAGUCCUCUAGUAAUAUAUUUUUGAGUGAACUUUGCUAAGUAUGGAUUCAGGUGGUGGAAGUCUUGGAUUGCAUACAUCAGACUCUAGAAUGGCCCAUACCAUGAUUAUGCAGGAUUUUGUGGCUGGAAUGGCUGGUACUGCACAUAUCGAUGGAGACCAUAUUGUUGUUUCAGUUCCUGAAGCUGUAUUAGUUUCUGAUGUUGUCACAGAUGAUGGGAUAACUCUUGAUCAUGGCCUUGCUGCUGAAGUUGUCCAUGGGCCUGAUAUCAUCACAGAGACUGAUGUAGUAACAGAAGGUGUGAUUGUUCCUGAAGCUGUACUUGAAGCUGAUGUUGCCAUUGAAGAAGAUUUAGAGGAAGAUGAAGGGGAUCAUAUCUUGACUUCUGAAUUAAUUACAGAAACCGUUAGGGUACCUGAGCAAGUUUUUGUGGCUGACCUUGUUACUGGUCCUGAUGGACACUUAGAACAUGUGGUCCAAGAUUGUGUUUCAGGAGUUGACUCUCCCACAAUGGUAUCAGAGGAGGUUCUUGUAACAAAUUCAGAUACAGAAACUGUGAUUCAAGCAGCUGGUGGUGUUCCUGGUUCUACAGUUACUAUAAAAACUGAAGAUGAUGAUGAUGAUGAAGAUGAGGAUGAUGACGAUGAUGUCAAAAGCACUUCUGAAGACUACUUAAUGAUAUCUUUGGAUGAUGUUGGGGAGAAAUUAGAGCAUAUGGGAAACACACCAUUAAAAAUUGGCAGUGAUGGUUCACAAGAAGAUGUUAAAGAAGAUGGGUUUGGUUCAGAAGUUAUAAAAGUAUAUAUAUUUAAAGCAGAGGCCGAAGAUGAUGUUGAAAUAGGUGGAACAGAAAUUGUCACAGAAAGUGAGUACACCAGUGGACAUUCUGUAGCCGGAGUGCUUGACCAGAGCCGAAUGCAGCGGGAGAAGAUGGUUUACAUGGCAGUUAAAGAUUCUUCUCAGGAAGAAGAUGAUAUCAGUUGCGCUGAAAUAGCAGAUGAAGUUUACAUGGAAGUCAUUGUAGGGGAAGAGGAAGGAACUUCUCUCCCUGAGAUUCAGCUUGAGGACUCUGAUGUUAAUAAAACAAUUGUCCCUGUUGUCUGGGCUGCGGCAUAUGGAGAUGAAAGAAGAGUUUCCCGAAGGUAUGAAGAUUGUCAAGCAUCAGGAAAUACUUUGGAUUCAACAUUAGAAAACAGAAGUAGUACAGCAGCACAGUACCUUCAAAUUUGUGAUAGCAUUAAUACAAACAAAGUACUUAAACAGAAAUCCAAGAAGAGGAGAAAGGGAGAAACAAGGCAGUGGCAAACAGCUGUUAUAAUAGGUCCUGAUGGACAGCCCCUGACAGUAUACCCUUGCCAUAUUUGCACAAAAAAGUUUAAAUCCAGGGGAUUCUUAAAAAGACACAUGAAGAAUCAUCCUGAUCAUUUGAUGAGAAAAAAAUAUCAGUGUACAGAUUGUGACUUUACAACUAACAAGAAAGUAAGUUUCCAUAACCACUUAGAAAGCCAUAAGCUUAUAAAUAAAGUUGACAAAACACAUGAAUUUACAGAAUACACGAGAAGAUACAGAGAGGCUAGUCCACUGAGUUCAAAUAAGCUUAUUUUAAGAGACAAGGAGCCGAAGAUGCACAAGUGCAAAUACUGUGACUAUGAAACUGCAGAGCAAGGACUGUUGAACAGACAUUUGCUGGCUGUUCACAGCAAGAAUUUUCCUCAUGUUUGUGUUGAAUGCGGGAAGGGUUUUCGCCAUCCUUCUGAACUCAAGAAACAUAUGAGAACCCAUACUGGUGAGAAGCCAUAUCAAUGUCAGUAUUGUGUCUUCAGGUGUGCAGAUCAAUCAAAUCUGAAAACUCACAUUAAGUCUAAACAUGGAAACAAUUUGCCAUAUAAAUGUGAGCAUUGUCCCCAAGCAUUUGGUGAUGAAAGGGAGCUUCAACGCCAUCUGGAUUUGUUUCAAGGACAUAAGACACACCAGUGUCCUCAUUGUGAUCAUAAGAGCACCAACUCAAGUGACCUUAAGCGGCACAUCAUAUCUGUCCAUACCAAGGAUUUUCCUCACAAAUGUGAGGUCUGUGAUAAAGGUUUUCAUCGUCCUUCUGAGCUCAAAAAGCAUAGUGAUAUUCAUAAGGGUAGGAAGAUUCAUCAGUGUAGGCACUGUGACUUUAAGACAUCAGAUCCAUUCAUUCUUAGUGGUCAUAUCCUUUCAGUUCAUACUAAAGAUCAGUCAUUGAAAUGUAAAAGGUGCAAGAGAGGGUUCAGACAGCAAAAUGAGCUCAAAAAGCAUAUGAAGACCCAUACUGGAAGGAAGAUUUACCAAUGUGAGUAUUGUGAAUACAGCACUACAGAUGCAUCUGGCUUUAAACGACAUGUGAUCUCAAUUCAUACAAAAGACUAUCCACACAGGUGUGAAUUCUGCAAGAAAGGAUUUCGAAGACCAUCAGAAAAAAAUCAGCAUAUUAUGAGGCACCACAAAGAGGCUCUUAUAUAAUUAUAUCAAUAUAAAGAAAGAAGCUAUUUACAAAAUAAGAUAUGCCACUUUGGAGGAAAAUCUGUUUUUUCUGGUUUCAAAGCUUGAUAUUAAACCAUAACUUUACAUUCUUUGUAUUAAAGAUCUUAAAAUAUUUGAAUUGACAGGGGAAUCUCAUAGCCCUUUGAAAAUUACAUAAUGAAUUUAGAAUUGUUUUAGCAAAAACUUAAAUGUCUAUUUAAUAGUAUUAUAUGCAUAAUUAAAUUGCAAAGGGGAAAAGUAAAGACAAAUACCUUAUUGGCUGAUCAUACUAGAGACAAAUGUUUCUGAAAAGAGAACACAUAUUUGAGGAGUUUUAGCAAUGCUUUGCUUUAGCAAGCAAGCCUCACUUUUAUGCAAUUUUAGAAAUGGGGUAGGGAAAUAAAAUACAGUCAUCCAUCAGUCAUUUAGUCAUUGAGCCUUUUUAUAUUGUACCUGGAAAUUGAAUUCCAGAAAAGGAAAAAGUUUUGUGUGUUCAUUCAAAUAAAUUUCACUGAAAAACAGGUUAGAUUGAUUCAGUACUAUUAAAAGAAUUUCAGAGCAGCUAAUAUUUUAUCACAGGAUAGGAUGUUUAAAAUACAGCAUUCUGUGCUGAAAUCUAGGGUAAAGUCUAAGGACUAAACUUCCCUUUUUUUCUGAUGUUCAACUUUAUUGUUCUGUACGGCAUAUAUGACAAAAGUAUAUUUGAGUCAAAUGUGGCUUUCUAAAAUGGAUGCAACUGUAGUGUUGCAAACAAAAUCAGCACUAUAUUUCUUAAUGAUCUAAAGAUUAAACUGAGAGAACACUUUUCUUAAAUAUAAUGUUUAGAGGUUUUUUUAGGGCGUCUUAGCAAGUAUGAUUAUUCUAGUCUUACUUGCUUUAAUGUUUAAAGGUGCAAUUUUAUGCCAUUAUUGAAAUUUUUGAUUUAAAAAAUCUAUAUACCAUGUUAUUAACAUGCAUUUUCAAUAUGAGGCAGUAUUUGUGUGGUAUUUAACAGAACAAUAUACUGCCAAUAGAGUUUGGAGGUGGAUAUUCAGUUUACAGUGUAUAAAUUUAAAAUAUGCAUCCCUUUAACAACGCUUUGUGUUAGCAUGCUGCAAAUCAAAAUGGCGCUUAUAUUAAAAGCUGGUUUAGGGAAAUUUUAAUGAAAACCCUGUUCAUAAAUGUAAUGCAUAUGAUGUGUACUUUUAAGUUUUAGUUGCUUCAUGUUUACAUUCAGCUCUUCAACAUAAUUAAAAUGUAAUUUUACUUCAUGCUAUAUUGUGGCUUUGUGUUUCAAAUAAUGUUCACUUUUCUUUUUUUUUUGCACCAGAUAAGAAUCAGUUACUUGAGAAUAUUUUUGUUAAUCUUUCUUAACUUCAGAAUAUUAAAUUUGGAAAAUCUAAAAUUGUGUGUUAUGUGGCUGUAAAUGAUGUACACGCUGUAAAAUAAGAUUGUCAUUGUUAUGUGGGAUUAUUAUUUCUAAAUGUUACUCAUUGAAAUGAGCAUACAAUAAUAAAAAGCAUUUAUUGCA